CGCCCAUUGAACCCCCUCUCGCGCCUGUCAGUUUCGUUUGCAUGAUUCCUGACUGGAGAAGGUUGCUUUAACAAAAAUUAGAGACUGGAUUCAUGCAAGCUGCUAUACCACAGUUUUCAGGUCUGGACCGAAGACCAGCUAUGGAAAAAUGGAGCUUAAUCACAAUUACUGUGUUACUUGGACUUAUUGUUCGCUGGACUGUAUCACUUGGUCCUUAUUCAGGUGCAGGAAAACCACCUAUGUAUGGAGACUAUGAAGCUCAAAGACACUGGCAAGAAAUUACUUAUAAUCUGCCAGUCAAACACUGGUACUUUAACACCAGUGACAAUAAUUUACAGUAUUGGGGCCUUGACUACCCACCUCUUACUGCUUAUCACAGUCUUCUGUGUGCUUAUGUGGCAAAGUUAAUCAAUCCCAGUUGGAUUACUCUACACUCAUCUCGUGGGUAUGAGAGCCAAUCACACAAGUUAUUUAUGCGUGCAUCAGUUCUUGUUGCUGAUAUGCUAGUUUAUAUUCCUGCAGUAUUCUUAUACUGCUGUUAUUUAAAAGAGAUAUCAAUAAAAAAGAAGAUUUCUAGUGCUCUCUGCACAUUGCUUUAUCCUGGUCUAAUUCUGAUUGACUAUGGACAUUUUCAAUAUAAUUCCGUGAGUCUUGGUCUUGCUUUGUGGGGAGUGCUGUUUCUAUCUUAUGACUUUGACCUUUUGGGUUCCGCAGCAUUUUGUUUUGCUAUAAACUACAAACAAAUGGAGCUCUACCACGCUUUGCCCUUCUUCUGCUACUUACUAGGAAAGUGCUUCAAGAAAGGCCUGAUGGGCAAAGGGUUAUGGUUGUUGAUGAAACUGUCUUUUAUUGUCAUUCUUUCUUUUGCGAUCUGCUGGCUCCCAUUUUGUACAGACAUUGAACAAAUUUUGCAAGUGCUCAGAAGGCUCUUUCCAGUAGAUCGAGGUUUGUUUGAGGAUAAAGUAGCCAAUAUUUGGUGCUCUCUAAGCAUUCUUUUCAAAAUAAAGACAAUCCUGACAAGAGAAACACAACUUAAAUUAAGUUUUGCUUUAACAUUCCUGACUGUACUUCCCAGUUGCAUAAAACUGACUCUGCAACCUUCGCUCAGAGGAUUUAAAUAUGGCUUGGUUUGCUGUUCAUUGUCUUUCUUUCUCUUCUCAUUCCAAGUGCAUGAAAAAUCUGUUCUUCUUGUUUCGGUACCAGUUUGCUUAGUUAUACAUGAAAUUCCUUUUAUAUCUACAUGGUUUCUUCUAGUUUCAACUUUCAGCAUGCUUCCUCUUCUAUUAAAGGAUGGCCUUCUUUUGUCUUACAUUGUCACAAUGUUGGCUUUCCUCCUGGUCUGUACAACUUCUUUUUCAAUAUUUGAAAAAACAUCUGAAGAAGAUCUGCAGCUAAAAAAACUUUCCAGUUACUUAAAGAAAUACAUUACUUGGUUUAAGACAUUUUCAAAACUUAUGAAGAGUUUAUUUUUCAUCUCAGUAACUCUGAUGAGCAUCCUGACUUUAAUGAGUGCUACGAUGGAACCUCCAACGCAUCUCCCAGAUUUAUUUCCAGUAGCUGUCUCUGUUGUAUCCUGCUUACACUUUCUCUUUUUCUUACUGUAUUUUAACAUCAUUGCAAUGUGGGAAUCAAAAGAUGGUCGAAAUCAGAAAAAAAUAAAUUAAUUUCAAGUGCCAACUUGGAAAAUUAAUAGCUCUUAUUUUGUAUAUAGCAUUUUCCAUAGACCUUUGCCUUAAAGUGUUCUAUAAUGGAAUGCUAUUCUUUUUGUCAUUUCAUGCAUUUUCUAAGAAAAGCCAGAAAAAAAUAUUUACAGAUUAAUAUGUGCUGUUCCCAAGAGAGUUGUGCUUACUGCUCUUUUCUGUGAAGUAAAAAAACAAUCCUUGACACUUGACAGUAAGUUCAAAAUAAAUCCAGAAAAUAAGAAGCAUCUCAACAAUCUGUGCAAGUUUAUUUUAAACAGAUAUAAUACCCCAAUAAUUUAAUAAUGUUAUGAUUGAAUUGGUUUAAUAUACUUCCCAAAAUAAAACAUGUUGACGUUACUGAUUGUAUGUUAUAGCAAUUACUCAUGUCUGUUGCUACUAAGUGCUAUCUCUUACAGUGUAUUUGAUUACACAUAAUAAAUUGCCUUAUACUAAAUUUCAAUAUCCUUUCUAUUAUAAGCUUAAAAUCAUCAAGGUCAAGAGUCAAGUGAUUCAGUGUUAUCGUUCAUGCUUUCCUGACAGUCUUAUUUCAGUAUUAAACCUCAAUAAUAUUUGAAGGCCAUAACAGGAAUUACAGUGUAUAGCUGUGGUGAAUACUUUCCAUGUACAGUAUAUUAACAUGCAAACCUUGUAGUAUUGGGAGAUAUGAGUCACUGUGGUCAUUAGGAUUCAGAUAAUUGAUUUAGGAUUAGGGUUAUACUCUUUUCAUAGGCAUGGAAACUGGUUGUAUAAGACUGUUGUUCUGGAUUGGAAAGUUGAAAUACUGGAAAGUUGAAACACAUCAAUCUACCAAUGUGUUGAACUAAGAGGCCUUCAUCCUUCGGCAGACUGAGAGAAGAGAACCUCAGUUCAGCACUAAAACUAGAAUGCUUAAUAAACGGAUCACUCAGAAAAGCUCAAAUCAUGUUGCAAAAUCUGGUUGUUUUGUAUAUUAUCUUGUAAGACACUUGCUUUUUCAUGUGACAGUUGAAAGCAAUUUUAUAAUACAAGGAAAUAAAUAUAAUAUUGUUUCUUUGAUUAAUCAGAUUUCCAUUCUGACCAAUGGAAAAUUUAAAACAGUCUUGCUUUUCUGUUAUAUAUCCUCAUAUCAUUGAAUAUCUUCAAUAGAAAUGCAACUAAGUAC